GGGAUUUUUCUGUCUUAUUUUUGAUAAGUUGGUAGUUGAAUCAACAAUUGUCGAAAGUGUCGAAAUCACUAUGGUGCUAAAAUUACCAAAUUAAUAAUUAUUUAAAAAAAAUAGUUUCAACGUCUUAAAUACCAAAAAUGAAUACGGGCCACUAUAAUUCCCAAAUUUCCAUUUUUCUGUGAUAAAAACAUCCCACUGUGAAGAAGAUGAGUGAUCAAUAUUACUACAACUCAAAUUAUCCCCCUUAUGCCAACUACCCGCCAAAUUACCCUUCACCCGACCCCCAAUGGAACAACUGGCAAUGGAACCAAGCGUACCCCCCCAUGAUGCCUCCUUACCCUCCCCCCGUCAAUUUCAACGUUCCUCCACCCCCCAUGGGCCACUACAACUACUAUCCUCCCUAUCCUCAACAAGACAAGUCUCAAAAACGCUACGAAGACAGACCUAGUGAUUAUAGACAUGAACUUGAAACAUAUAAGCAAAGAAAGGCAAGUCAUGAAAAGUACAAUCAACGGUCGCGGUCCCCAAAACGUAGAUCUCGAUCUCCCAGAUAUUCGCGUUACAGGAAACGUAGUCGUAGUCGUAGUCGCAGUCGCAGUCGCCCCCACGAGAAGCCAAUCAAGGAACGCGACUUGAUUUUAUCAAAGUGGCGGAAAAAUUAUUGUUCAACACGUGAGGAAGUCUCGAAUAAGAUUCACGAGUUGUCUAAAGUGGACCAUGAAGAGGCUUUAGAACAGGAGAAAAAUAUUUGGACAAGGUCCACACCUUCAGACUUGUAUUACAGAAAGGAUGAGAACAAUGCGAGAAUCACGAAGGCUACGAAACGAUUAACACAAGUUUGUGAUAAAUUUAACGAUAAUUUGGUUCUGAGAGCCGCAAAGAUUAACAAAUUGAAGCCAAAAUAUGAGCCUCCGCCGAGGAAAAACCGGGCCAGGUUGUGCAAACAUAAAUCUGAAGAAUCGAGCUCGUCGGGAAGCUCUGAAGAAGAGCUCACUGAUGAAGAGGACUGCACUAUGGAAGAGCUUCAAAGGAAACAACAACACCCGGAUCGACUCCACCCGGAAAUGUGGUAUAAUGAUCCCGGGGAAAUGAACGACGGGCCUCUUUGUCGGUGUUCCAUUAAAUCCCGGAAAUCGGGAAUUCGACACGGGAUAUAUCCCGGAGAAAAACACCUAGAAAAAUGUGUUCCUGAUAGCAACAAUGCUGAUCGUCUUUACCACUAUCGUAUAACAAUCUCACCCCCUACUAACUUUUUAAUCAAGACGCCAACAAUUAUUCAUUAUGAUGAGCACGAGUUCAUUUUCGAGGGUUUUUCCAUGUUUUCCCAUUUUCCCCUGGAAAAACUUCCUACGUGUAAAGUAAUCCGGUUUAAUAUCGAGUACACAAUCUUGUAUAUUGAGGAGAAAAUCCCGGACAAUUUCACAGUGAGAGAGUUGGAUUUGUUUCAUGAUUAUUUGUUUAAAGAAAUUUUAGAAUUGGUUGAUUUGGAUUUUAAAGCUGCUGGUGAUGUUGAAGGGUGUUCUCAGUUUCAUUUUAUGCCGAGGUUUGUUCGCGAAUUGCCCGAUAAUGGGAAAGAAAUUUUGGCAAUGAAUGAGGUGCUACAGUACCUUUUGGAUAGUUCUGUGUCGCUGAUAGAGGAGAAGGAUUUGGAGGAUAUGAUCAAGAUGACUCAGUAUGAGUGGCAGAGCUAUGCUGAUGAAAUUAAGGGAAUGGUGGUAACCUACCCUGGCAAAAAGCCCUGUUCAGUCCGCGUGGACCAACUUGACCGCAACAUCGACCUCCAAAAACCCGGGGACUACAAAUUCCCCGAAAUUGUCCAUUUUGGCAUCCGCCCACCUCAGCUAAGUUACGCCGGUAACCCCGAUUAUCAGAAAGCUUGGCGCGAUUACGUCAAAUUCCGUCAUCUGUUGGCUAACAUGUCAAAACCGACAUUUGAAGACAAACGCAAAUUGGAAUCCAAAGAAAAUAAACUGCAAGAAAUGCGAACCCAAGGCAAAAUGAAACGCGACAUUACAGUUGCGGUGUCUGCUGAGGGAUUUUACCGAACUGGGAUUAUGUGCGAUAUAAUCCAGCAUGCCAUGCUCAUCCCGGUUCUCGUGUGCCAUUUGAGAUUCCACCAUUCCCUCAACAUCCUCGAAGAGUCUGUUAAUUAUAAGUUUAAGAAUCGGGCGUUGUUGCAGUUGGCUUUGACGCAUCCCUCCUAUCGGGAGAAUUUCGGGACGAAUCCCGAUCAUGCACGGAAUUCCCUCACGAAUUGUGGGAUUCGACAGCCGGAAUAUGGCGAUAGGAGAAUUCAUUAUAUGAAUACGAGGAAACGUGGGAUUAAUACGUUGAUUAAUAUCAUGUCGAGGUUUGGUAAACAGCAAGAAACCGAAUCGAAUAUUACUCAUAAUGAGAGGUUGGAGUUUUUGGGAGAUGCGGUAGUGGAGUUUUUGAGUUCGAUUCAUUUGUUUUACACGUUUCCGGAUUUGGAAGAAGGUGGCUUGGCAACGUAUAGAGCGGCGAUUGUUCAAAAUCAACAUUUGGCCGUUUUGGCCAAAACUUUGAAGUUAGAUCAGUUUAUGUUGUAUGCGCAUGGAUCGGAUUUGUGUCAUGAUUUGGAGUUGAGGCAUGCGAUGGCGAAUUGUUUUGAGGCCUUGAUGGGGGCGCUGUUUCUAGAUGGAGGGAUAAAUGUAGUGGAUCGAGUCUUUUCCGAAACCCUCUUCAAAGUCAACCCCGACUUGCUUGAGGUGUGGAUGAACCUCCCCCCGCACCCCUUGCAAGAACAAGAACCCACCGGCGACAGAGAAUGGAUUCCAAAAUUUGAACUUUUGCAAAAUUUGACAAAAUUCGAAGAAAGUGUUGGCUUACAAUUUAAUCACAUUCGUCUCUUGGCACGUGCUUUCACCGAUCGAAGUGUCGGUUACACUAACCUAACCCUCGGUUCGAACCAACGGUUGGAAUUCCUCGGAGAUACAGUUUUGCAACUCAUUGCAUCGGAAUACUUGUAUAAGUAUUUCCCGGAACAUCACGAGGGGCACUUAUCGUUGUUACGCAGCUCUUUGGUUAAUAACCGCACUCAGGCCGUUGUUUGUGACGAUUUAGGAAUGUCAAAUUACGCCGUUUAUAAUAAUCCGAAAGCCGAAUUAAAAACGAAAGAUCGAGCCGAUUUACUCGAAGCCUUUAUUGGGGCCCUGUAUGUUGACCAAGGCUUGGAAUUUUGCGAAGUUUUCUGUCAAGUGACCCUGUUUCCGCGCCUCCAGGACUUUAUAAUGAACCAAGACUGGAACGACCCCAAAUCUAAGCUCCAACAAUGCUGUCUGACCUUGAGAACCAUGGAUGGGGGCGAACCGGAUAUUCCGGUUUAUAAGGUGAUUGAGUGUAAAGGCCCCACCAACACGCGGGUGUAUACAGUGGCGGUAUAUUUCCGGGGGCGGCGUCUUGCUAGUGCAAUGGGACACAGUAUCCAACAAGCCGAAAUGAAUGCGGCGAAGAAGGCGUUAGAAAUUUCGCAAGAUUUGUUUCCACAGUUGGAUCAUCAAAAGCGAGUCAUUGCGAAAAGCAUGAAGAAGCAGAAGAAUAAAAAGAGGAGGAGGAGUAGGUCGAGGUCAAGUUUAAAGUUUGGGUUUAGGACACGCUCGCCGGAGAGUUACUCGAGGAGGCGGUUUCAGAGGUCAAGGUCGAGGUCAAAGGUAACGAGCGAGAGUGAUAGCUCACCGAGGUGUAGUACUAAUAAUGCUAGGGCGUAUUUAUCGACUGAUGAUUUAAGUGAUUAGCUACAUUUUUGUGAUAGGAUUUAAGUAUCUCAGGUCCGUUUUUUAAUUAGUUUGAAAGCUUUUAUUCCGGUUUUAUCUAACGAAGCAACUUACUUGGGUGUAUGAAUUUGUGUAUUAAUUUGAGUAAUUUUAAAUAGACGGAUAUCAUAAUUUUA